UCGUUGUUGACAACUGAACGUUGCAACCUUGAAGACUGUACACAACAGAAUGUUGUAGAGCUGUCAUGGCGUCGUAUUUUGAAGAACACAGCUCUGACAGUUUUACAGAGGACGAUGAACGGAUGAACUUUCUUCUUGAGUUAGCAAGAAUACUGCGAAGGGUGCUUAGAGAGCAAAAUGUCCAGCUUGAACUACCAAUUGAAGAAAUGCUUACUGAACACCUAACAACACCCCCAGCAUCAAGAGAGUUCAUUUCUAAUCUACCACUAGCUAUGAAUAUUGGAGAAAAGUGUCCCAUUUGUUUGGUCGAGUUCACUGAAGAUGAAUUAGGGAAGAAGCUUCCCUGUAACCACUGUUUUCACAGUGACUGCAUCAUCCCUUGGCUUAAAAAGACAAAUUCAUGCCCUGUUUGCAGACGAGAAUUUCCAACAGAUAAUGCUGCAUAUGAAGAGUACAGAAAAGAAGUUGCAAGGGAAAACAAUGUCGACCACAUCCAUCGUUUAGAAGAACUUCAUGGCUCAAUGUUUUCAUGAAUUCAAGAGAUUUGCCAAUUAUGUUCAUGGAAAUGUGUAUUUAUCAGAAAAUUAAAACUUUAUGUAGUAGCCAGGAAGGUCUAGACCUGCAAUGUAGUAGAAGGGUUUUCUACAAAGCAAUAUUGUCUUAACAUUGAAAAGCACAAAUUCAAAAGAAUACUGAGUUGAAUAAUGAUAAGGACUAAGUAUAUUUUGUUCCUAGAACUCUCAUCACUUGCCCCUGCCAAAUAUACUGACUUUUAAAGCUUCUAAUUUUUAUUGUGAUUAUUGGUUCACUUGAUUCUUAUCAUGAAAAUAUAUGUGUAUUGUAUUUAGUUAGUACUUUCUAGAUUUAUUAUGAAAAUGUAUCACUAUUUUUGCAUUAAGAAUGAGUAUCUUUGUCAAUUUCGGUUGUAUAUCUGUACUUGUAGGACCAAUUUUAAAGAUAGAAUAAAAAGGA